AUGAGAGCAAGAGCAAAAGAUUGCUAUCCUGCAGUUUUCAAUUUUGGGGAUUCAAAUUCUGACACUGGUGGUCUAGUUGCUGGCGUUGCCUUUCCGGUUGGACCUCCUAAUGGACAGACCUAUUUCCAGAAGCCAUCUGGGCGAUUCUGUGAUGGCCGCUUGAUCAUCGAUUUUUUAAUGGAUGCAAUGGACCGGCCUUUUCUGAGUCCAUAUUUGGAUUCUGUGGGAGCCCCUAACUUUCAGAAGGGAUGUAACUUUGCAGCAGGAGGAUCUACUAUACUUCCAGCAAAUGCUGCUUCAGUUUGUCCAUUUUCAUUUGGAAUUCAGGUGGCUCAAUUUCUCCGUUUCAAGGACCGAGUUCUUAAAUUGCUAGCCAAGGACGAGAAAUUUCAGAAGUAUCUCCCUCUAGAAGAUUAUUUCAAGCAAGGACUUUACAUGUUCGAUGUGGGUCAGAAUGAUAUUGAUGGCGCAUUUAAUUCGAAAUCGGAGGACCAAGUGAUAGCUUCUAUUCCAACCAUUUUAUCAGAGUUUGAGGCUGGAAUUAAGGUUAGGCUAUAUACUGAGGGUGCCAGGAAUUUCUGGUUUCAUAACACAGGACCUCUUGGCUGCUUACCUAGAAUCAUUGCAACAUUUGGGAAAGACCCAUCAAAGCUUGACCAACUUGGAUGUGUUGAUUCACAUAACCGUGCAGCUAAUGUUUUCAACUCACAGCUGCAUGAUCUUUGCACAAAGUUUCAGGGCCAAUUUCCUGAUGCCAGUGUCACUUUUGUGGACGUUUUCUCAAUUAAAAUGAACCUCAUUUCAAACUUUGCCCAAUAUGGAUUCAAACAGCCUUUAGCAGCUUGCUGUGGAUAUGGCGGACCACCAUUAAAUUUUGACAACCGAAUUGCUUGCGGUCAAACCAAGAUUCUGAACGGUAGCAGAGUGACUGGAAUUCCUUGCAACAAUACUGCUGAAUAUGUUAAUUGGGAUGGAGUUCAUUAUACAGAAGCUGCAAAUCGAUAUGUUUCGGACCAAAUAUUGGCAGGAAAUUACUCCAACCAAUCGCCUCUCUCUGAAACUUUUGUUAUAAAAGUAGAAUAG